ACGGUAAAAAGUUGUACUCACAAUCUUAAGGAGAUCGAGUACCUCUGAAAGAGAAAAACGUUAGAGAGCAGAGAAAGAAAACAGGAGGACCAACGAAGAAAAAGAUCUUCGACAUAGCUGCUGCAUAUAAACUACAUUGCUGUCAUUUAAAGACUUUGGGCAGAAAACCAUUCAGAAAAUGAAGAUUGAUAGUAUAUCUACCAUUAUAAUUGAUAUAUUACUUAUCUGGGUAGGAUUUAUUUCUACAUUACCAAUCUCAAAGUUGUGCUAUCUCACAGAUAUUACUUCCGGUCCAUCACGUGUAAUUACUUCUGGUGAGUGCGGACUGAAAUGUGGAUCAAAGGCUGGAUGUCUAACAUUCAUUAUUUGUGACAUUGCUUUCUCUAAGACAUGUACAAUCUACAAACUUGCUUCCAAAGAAACAUGCGGAAAAGAAGGAGUCAAAUGCUCAUACUUCAUACAGAACACUGUGUCCUCUGAUUCUGGCGAAAUCACGAAAUCCUUAAGAUUAAGUGAACAAGAUAUGAUUGUUUCACCUGUUACCAAGACAACGACAACGAUAACAAAAACAGUAACCACAACGUCUGUAGUGACAUCAUCUUUUCCGGCCACAUCACCUGAGAUAGAGACCGAAUCAGAGACAUCUUCUCAUGCGACGUCAUCGACUGCUGAUUAUGCUGAGACGACAACUGAAGUCGAUGAAUCGACUUCAGAUGAAACCACUGAAAGAGCAACAGGAACUACAAUUCUAUCUCAAACCCUGGGUUUAAAUCUUUCAACGAAGAUUCCAAGAAAUGAAAGCGCGAUAACCGAUACCAGUACUUCAACAACUAGUGAAUCAAUGACAACAGAAGUCCCUGCUACAACAAAGAGUAUGAAUUGCCCUGACCACCUUCCUAAGGAAAUUUGUCAGCAUUUAACAUGAGACCUAAUGGUGAAUUACCUCUUUAUUUCACUUCUGCCUUUCUAGGACACUUUUUGUUGGUAAAAAAAUAUUAUUUGUGUUGAGACAAAUCUUGGGAAUAGUGUCAUGUUAGAAAUUGUAAGAAAGAUAUAUGCUGGCAAUAUACAGUUCAUGUUAGACUUCUUGUGUUUCUUAUUUUUAAAUAGUUAGGUU